AUGUCCCCAUAUGCCCCGGUCUUUGGAAAAGCUUGCCAUCUGUCGCUCGAGUUGGAACAUAAGGCGAUUUGGGCAUGCAAGAAGCUGAACUUUGGUCUAGCAAGUGCAGGAAAAGUCCGGAAAUUGCAACUGAACCAGCUGGUCAAAUGGCAAAGGGAUGCCUACGAAAAUGCCAAGAUCUAUAAGGAGAGAACUAAGAAGUGGCAUGAUGAUCAGAUAAACAACCGGACAUUCGUCGAAGGUCAACAGGUACUAUUGUUUAACGCACGUUUGCGAUUGUUUCCAGGGAAGUUGAAAUCCCGCUGGUCUGGGCCAUUUCGGAUUAAGACUAUCUUUCCCCACGGCACAGUGGAACUGACAACUGAAGACAGAAACAAUGCAUUUAAAGUCAAUGGUCAUCGGAUUAAGCCUUAUUAUGGGGGCGAUGUGGAUCGACGCAUGGAUACCAUUGACUUGGGCAAGUAG